AUGACGAAGCGGCUGAGGAUCCCAUUCACGGCACCGUUCUCACCGCCAAUUAUAUUCCCUUCAUCCGCAAAUACACUAACAGGUGCGAUUGAGGCCAUAACGACUUUUCUCUCCGCCCCUCCAUCCCCUUUCCUCAGAGGCAUCGACGUCGGCUCGAACGCGCAGACGGUGCUGCUCACUGGCGCGGGCAUAUCGGUCGCGUCUGGAUUAUCCGAUUACCGUGGUGAAAGAGGAACCUACAGGCGAAACGCAUCCUACCGUCCGAUCUACUUCCAUGAAUUCGUGGCCAUACAUGAAGCGAGAAAACGGUACUGGGCUCGCAGCUUUGUUGGCUAUCCCACGUUGCGCGAUGCCGGCCCGAAUUCCACCCAUUCCUGUAUCGCCGCGCUCGGAAGAAAAGGAUACAUUAGCUCCGUUAUUACGCAAAAUGUGGAUUCCUUCCACAAUAUUGCCCACCCAGAUAUCCCAGUAGUGGAAUUGCAUGGAUAUUUGCGCUCCGUUAUCUGUGUCAACUGUCGCCAUACGAUGCCGAGGGACGAGUUCCAGCAAUCACUCCUUACCCUUAACCCUUCAUGGGCCGAGUUUCUAUGGCGCAUGAUCGAAGUCGGAGCUUUGAAGACCGAUGCCCCUGAUGAUCGACGGGAAAAAGGCUUGCGGGUGAACCCAGACGGUGAUGUAGAUAUUCCCAACGCUCAUUACUCGAAUUUCCGUUACCCACCUUGCCCUCGAUGUUUGAUAACGCCCCCCAUUCGGCCAGACGGUACCAAAUUGAUCGUUGAAGCCGAACCCGAUGGAGCGUGGUCACCAAGGUCAAACGCAGGGAUCCUGAAGCCUGCUGUUGUCAUGUUUGGGGAAUCAGUGGAUGAGACAACUAAGCUAGCCGCUGAAGAGGCGAUCGAUGAGGCAGGCAAACUCCUUGUUAUGGGAACCAGUUUGGCAACGUUUUCUGCAUGGCGCCUGGUCGAAAGGGCGCAACGUCGAGGAAUGGCGAUUGGCAUUCUGAACAUGGGAGGUGUCCGCAACGAAGCCGCCUUGUUUGAGGGAGCGAAUGAGCAUAGCUCGCCGGUAACACGAGUGCGAUGCAGUGAGAAGACCGAACUAGUCCUGCCUGAAGUGGUCUCAAGGCUUGAGCAGCUUGGACUGCAUUAA